UCACAGUAGAGCCGUCAGUUGGCCGUCGCGCGUCAGCGGUAUAAUAUCUUGUUGUGAAUUGUUUAUUAAUAAUAAUCGUUACCUCGAUCGAUUUGUUACCUUGAUCGAUCCUUUUCAAAGGAUACCUCGCCGCACAUAUUGAUCUAUGUACACGUCAUUAAGAAUUAUACAAUAAUCGUCUAAUUUCGAAUAAUUCAAUAAUCAAAAUUCAUUUCAAUUUAAAUAAUAGGAACGAAAAAGGGAAAGUGUCAAAGAGACAAAUAAUACCUGUCUGUCUCUUACGAACGGUGUAUGACAUAUAUACAUAUACAUAUACAUAUAUGUAUAUUAUAUAUGUGAGUGUUAUAUGUGUUACUAUUGUGUGAAAUGCGUGGUGUUUGUCGGUGGAACGAGUUCAUUUCUUCGUCCAAGGGCUUCCCGUGUCCAGUGAGGUUUUUUUUUUAAAGGAAGCUUUUUAUAUAAAUAAUUCAAAAGAUCAUUCUUGCGUGAAGAUCAAUCUAACCGGAAGAAAAACAACACAACAUUUUGUUUAAUUUUUUUUUUUUCUAAAUAUAAACAAUAGUAUAAUAAUAAUGUUGAUAAUCAUUUAACGUUAACAUUAGUUUUUUAAUGAUACGAAUUUUGUGAUAAUAAUGUUUUCUUCUUUUAUUUAUCAUUAGACAAAAUUUGAAUACGCGCUACAGUAUCGACAAAAAAAAAAAAAGAUAGUAGGUGUGGCGCGAAACGUGUAUUUUCUCAACGACAGGAGGAAAGAAAUUAUCUCUAUCUUUAUCUCGUUUAUUUUCUUUUUCUUUUUCUUUUUCUUCUUUCUCCUCAUACGUUUUAUCGUCUUCCACUUUUACCUUCCACAAUUUAAAUAUUCUUCCCAUCUUUUAUUAUACAUCAUUUGGGGUCACGGAUAAUACUUACGAACGUUAAAACAACGUAGAUAUUUCAUCAGGAAGAAGAAUAUCUAACGAAGAGCUUCCUACCAACGGACAAUAUUUUCAUUUGAUUUGAUUUGAUUUGAUUUAAUUUGAUUUUCAUUUUUAUUUGUAAACUAUUAGAAAGAUGUACGGAUGAUAAACAAUCUUCCUCAUCAAAAUGUUGAUCAAAGAAUAUAGAAUUCCUCUGCCACUUACGGUGGAGGAAUACCAAAUUGCUCAACUUUACAUGAUAGCGAAAAAAUCACGCGAAGAAAGCAGAGGUACCGGAAGUGGAGUAGAAAUAAUAGAUAAUGUACCAUAUACAAAUGGUCCUGGUGGAAAUGGUCAAUACACACAUAAAAUUUAUCAUGUUGGUAGUCAUUUGCCAGGAUGGUUCAAAAGUUUAUUACCAAAAUCGGCAUUAAUAGCAAAAGAGGAAGCAUGGAAUGCGUAUCCGUAUACAAAAACGCGCUACACGAGUCCAUUUGUCGAAAAAUUUUCCAUAGAAAUAGAAACAUAUUAUUUUCCUGAUAAUGGUUAUCAAGAAAAUGUCUUCAAACUUAGCGGUGCCGAUUUAAGAAAUCGAGUUGUAGAUUUGAUCGACAUAGUAAAAGAUCAAAUAGAUUAUGUCAAAGAAGAAGAUCCUAAAUUAUACAUCUCCGAAAAAACAGGUAGAGGGCCAUUAACAGAUACCUGGUUGGAAGAUUAUUGGGCUGAUGUCAAAGGUAAACAGCAGCCAACAACAUCGGGAAAAUCAUUAAUGUGUGCAUACAAAUUAUGUCGGGUUGAAUUUCGUUACUGGGGUAUGCAAACAAAAUUAGAAAAGUUCAUACACGAUAUGGCGUUGAGAAAAGUGAUGGCACGAGCACACAGGCAAGCCUGGGCCUGGCAAGAUGAAUGGCACGGUUUAACUAUGGAAAACAUCCGAGAAAUCGAACGACAAACUCAAUUAGCGUUACAACAAAAGAUGGGUCUUAACGAAUCAGGUGAAGAAAUAACUGGGGAUGAUGAUCAGGAUACUAAUACGGGAAAUACUGGAAUGACACCGCAAGAGACAAACGUUGCACGAACAUUAGCAGCUACUUUGAGUAGUAUCGAGAAAAAUGAGGAUCUUCAAAGUCCACCAAGGAUCAGAAAACCUUCGGAUAUACCGAUCAUCAAUACAGCUGUUAGUUCUGAAGGAGAAAUUAGUCCUGAGGAUUCUCCAACUGAACAACCCAAUACUAAUAAUAGUCCGAACGAUGAUAAAAGUGAAAAGAAAUCAUGGAAGAAGAAUGCGGCAAAUUAUUCGCCUAGUUCUGCUAAAAGUAUGGACAUGCAAAUCGCUAAUUGGAGAAUGGAGAGUAUAGUUCGAGAAUCUGAAACAAGUAGCGAAGAGGAAUUCUUUGAUUGUCAGGCUGGGUUCAUUAUACCUACUAUAUGUAAAGAGCACUUUGAAGAUAACUCUUCAUUAGCUAAAUGGAGUUCUUUGGAUCUUCUAGCAGAAGAGGACGAUGGUGCAUCUCCUGUAACGAUAACAAACAACGUGGAAGAAACCGAUACGAUAUUCUCACCGUCGUUUCUACAACCAAUUGCAAGUGAACGUAGUAAAAGAUUACAAAUUAUCACAUCGACUAGCAUUGACGUUUCUUGUCCGACAUCACCCCAACAUUCUCCGACACAUCAAUCUUGUAAAACUACAGUAUUAUUAAUAGUAAUGCACGCUGGAAGUGUUUUAGAUGCCAAUGUAGAUUUGACUGCUAAAAAAUCGGAUGUAACUACCUUCAGAGGUGCCUUUGAAUCUGUCAUGAGACAACAUUAUCCUAGUAUGGUUGGACAUGUUUCUAUUAAAUUUGUUUCGUGUCCAUCGAUUUGUACCGAAGGUCUGGGUGUUCUUUCUAGUUUAAGUCCAUAUAGUUUUGACAUGUCACCAUCAUGCAUGGAUGCACCUCAAGUAACGAACGAUACCAUACCAAUCGGUGCAAUACCAUUAUUGGCAAGUGCAAGUUCGGAUUAUGAAGAAGCGGUAACACGAGUGGUGACAAAUGCAAAUCAAAUUUAUCAAGAAUUUAUAAAGAGCGAAGAGGGUAAAGGUUUCAGUGGACAAAUUUGUUUCAUCGGUGAUUCCGUAGGUUCAAUUUUGGCCUACGAUGCAUUGUGUAGAUCUACGCAUUAUCAUUCGAGACAUAACAGUGAAAAUAAUAUAUUAGAACCGAAUAAUCAAGGAAUCGAUAAUAAUGGAACAUUCGAGGAUGGAAAACAUUUGAGUGCACCUUCACCAAGAAGAAGAUCUUCCGGUACAAAGUCUCAUCAAUGUAAAUUAGAAUUCGAGGUAGGAGAAUUCUUUAUGUUUGGCAGUCCAUUGGCACUCGUAAUGGCAUAUAGAAAAAUAUCAUCACACGUAGAUAAAAAUAGUAAUAUUCCAAGGCCAAUGGUGAAUCAGGUAUACAAUCUUUUUCAUCCGAGUGAUCCAGUGGCAGCGAGAAUCGAGCCAUUGAUAUCAGCAAGAUUUUCAUUAUUACCACCUGUUAAUGUUGCUCGAUAUCAAAAGUAUCCUCUUGGAAAUGGACAGCCUUAUCAUUUACUGGAAACGAUUCAAAGUAAUCCACAAUUAUUUGCGGAUGGAUUAAACGUUCCUAAUAUACACAUGACUACACCGGUUCAACAUUCACAUUUGAGAAGAUUGUCAGAUAUUUCGAUUCACAGUACUAUGUCUGGUAUCAUUGAUAAUAUUCCCUUACAAGUUGUUUCUGCUCUUACACAAAAAUGGUGGGGCACCAAACGAAUAGAUUACGCUCUAUAUUGUCCAGAGGGUCUGGCAAAUUUUCCUACAAACGCAUUACCUCAUCUAUUCCAUGCUAGUUAUUGGGAAUCAUCAGACGUAAUAGCAUUUAUAUUAAGACAGUUAGGUCGAUUCGAUUUGCCUAUGCUCGGUAACGAAGAAAAAGAACUCUCCUGUUUCCGUCCAGGUCAACCUAGAGAAAAAUGGAACAAAAAACGCACUUCGGUUAAGCUGAAGAACGUUGCUGCUAAUCAUAGAGCCAAUGAUGUAAUCGUUAAAGAAGGUGCUGCUCAAGUAUUAGUUGCCAGAUUUAUGUACAGUCCAAUAGACGUAAUUGCUUUAACAGGUGAAAAAGUAGACAUUCAUAUUAUGAAAGAUCCACCUGUUGGAGAAUGGACCCUUUUAUCUACUGAAAUUACUGAUAAAAAUGGUAGAAUAACAUAUAGAAUACCUGAUGACAAGGUUCUCGGUUAUGGUCUUUAUCCUGUUAAAAUGAUUGUUAGAGGAGAUCACACAUCUGUCGAUUUCUUUAUGGCUGUGAUACCUCCGAAAACAGAAUGUGUGGUCUUCAGUAUCGAUGGUUCGUUCACAGCAAGUAUGUCAGUUACCGGAAAGGAUCCUAAAGUUAGAGCUGGUGCUGUUGAUGUUGUCAGGCAUUGGCAGGAAUUAGGCUAUUUAAUUAUAUACAUUACUGCACGACCUGAUAUGCAACAGAAGAAAGUUUUAUCUUGGUUAUCUCAGCAUAAUUUUCCUCAUGGUUUGGUGUCCUUCGCAGAUGGUCUUUCCACGGAUCCGCUUGGUCACAAAGCAGCGUAUUUAAAUAAUUUAGUUCAGGAACACGGUGUGAUAAUACAUCAAGCGUACGGUAGUAGCAAAGAUAUAAGUGUUUACACGUCAAUAAAUCUCAAACCCAAUCAAAUAUUCGUUAUUGGUAGUACAUCGAAAAAACAUCACGCAUUAGCAACAAUACUUCAGGAUGGUUAUGCAGCACACUUGAGUAUGCUACAGGUACAUGGUGGUUCGAGACCGGCAAAGGGUAACGCAAGGAUGGUAAUACCACGUGGUCAAUUUGUUUUACCUGGUCAGAAUGCAUCUUUGCGGCGCAGAAGCUCUUUUAGAACGGCGAAACGAGCUAUUUCCCAAUCAGGUGUGGGAAAAAUAUUCCCAUUGGAACGAAGUACGAGCUUAGGACCACCACCACCAUCAAGUUCGGUUGAUAAUGUGCCACAUUCGGCACCACCAAUCAAAAAUAUCACCACCACCACCGAUAAGAAGCUCUGACGACUCACACGCUGCCGCUCUUUCUUCGAAUCUUUGCAUUAAUUUUAACGAUUAAUAUAUUUCAUUUAAUUAUUUAAUUGUAUUAAUUCAUUUUAUAGGUUGUCUUUUCUUUUUUUUUUUUCUUUUUUUAUUAAUUAAUUUGAAUUUCAAUUUAUCUGACUGACGUGCCCGAUUUUUAAGUGCAAAACAAAAAAUAGAAACAAAGAAAACAUUUGUAUCAUUUUUACGUUCAAAUCUUACGUCAUAGUUGUGUGAACGACUACGUUAAUCGUAUUAAUGAUUGUUAUGAGUAAUAAUAUUACGUUAUUAGUAAUAAUAAUAGUAUCAGAUUUUUAUUUUUAAUAAUUAGAAAAUUUA